UACAGUGUCACACAGCUAAACAAGCCGGUUCUCUUCCAAACUCUCUUUCUUCCUAAACGUUACAAAAUGAACGCUCUGUCCGUUGUCGUUCUGAUUUUGAGUGUGGCCGCAGUGAUGGGCGGUUACCUCAGUGGUUACGGAGGUCUUGGCUAUGGCGGUUACGGACAUGGUGGCUAUGGCGGUUACGGACUCGGCGGCUAUGGCGGCUACGGACUCGGCAGCUAUGGCGGCUACGGACUCGGAGGAUAUGGCGGUUACGGACACGGAGGAUAUGGCGGUCACGGACUCGGGGGAUAUGGCGGUUACGGACUCGGAGGAUAUGGCGGUUACGGACACGGAGGAUAUGGCGGUUACGGACUCGGGGGAUAUGGCGGUUACGGACACGGAGGAUAUGGCGGUUACGGAUCUGGUUAUGGUCUCGGUGGUUACGGCGGUUACUGGUAAACAAUCGAAGGUCACCUGUACAAACACAGGAAACCCAGACGAAGAAGGAGAUGCGACCAAUUCAUUAAAAAAAUAAUUACAAUUUUCAACACAAGUCUCAUACUUAUUCCCAAUCAUAUUAUAUAGCAUUAAAUAUACUUC